CCAUCUGGUGACUUGAAACAUCAACUUAUUCUGACUCUCAUAAGCUCCAGUGGGUAAAUGGUAUCCCGAAGUAUGCCGCUAUUUGGUACACAAAAUUACACAAAUUAGAGGUUAUACGAAACCGCAAUAAACUAUUGAAAGUUGCCUUAAACUGUAUAAAACUACUCACAAAUUGAAUGAAUUACAAGAGAGUAGAAACGGCACAUGAUGUCGAGGGGAAUUUUCAUUUCAAAAAAUUUGCAACGAAGAUGGGCAUCUACAAAGUUGAUGGUAGAAAUGGAUCCAGUUGUCGAUAAACAGUUGGAAACUGCUGAAUUUAACCCUAAGAAACAUCCGGGUAUAUUAAAAUUACAAUUCGUACAGGUGCCAGAAUGGAUUCAGAAUGGCAUGGUAAAGGCUAUUGGAGAUGGGUCGAUGAAGAGUUUACGUCAAGGAGGAGAAAAAUUGGCAGCUUAUUUAAACCAGCGUCAUCCUCCGCCUAACGCAGCUGAAGUAAAUAGAAAGCUCUCCAAGGUGAAGCAGAAGUUUUUGGAAAAAUUUGACACCAGUGAAAUGAGCGAAGAGCAGAUAGCAGAAUUUCUGAAAAAAAACAGCAUAAACAUCAAAAUGGCCUUGAAGCAGCACGUUUAUCCUUGGCAUGCAAUCGAGUAUGACGCCACAAGAAGUUUGCAUUACAUGUUAGGUCGUGCUGCGCAAGAUUUUGCAGUUUUAUAUCGAAUAUUCAACGAAAUCGCGACGACGGAUAGAGAUUUCAAACCAGAAUCUUUGUUCGAUUUUGGAUCUGGUAUAGGAACGGUGGUUUGGGCGGCGCAUAAUUUUUGGAACAAAUCGCUCAAUGAAUAUUAUUGCGUCGAUCCUUCCAACGACAUGCACACUGUUGCGGAAUCUAUUAUAGGUAACCAACUGGGAAGCCCGAAGAACGUUUACUAUCGACAGCAUUUACCAGCCGCAGCAAGGUACACAUCCAACAUUGUCGUAAGUGCGUUUUCAUUGUUCGAAUUACCCAGUGCGGAGGCCCGACUAGAGGUGAUCCUGAAGCUCUGGUUGAAAAGCGAUAACUAUCUGGUCAUCGUAGAGCAGGGGACAAACGCAGGUUUCAAGCUCGUGACCGAGGCCCGCGAUUUCAUCCUGGACCUGUCCAACAAGCCAUCGGAGAACGACGACCUUCGCCCUUUCCACAUAGUCGCUCCGUGCCCCCACGACCUGAUCUGUCCCAGGUACGUCCUGGAUCGUACCCCCUGCAAUUUCGUCGCUCCCUACACUACUCUGAAACUGGGUCAACACGUGACAAACAAACAAGAGCGGUAUUCUUACGUGGUGUUCAAAAAAGGUGAACGACCGGAGGGCGUCGAGCCUUGGCCCAGGAUAGUCAGACCGACCUUGGUCCGGUCGAAGCACACUAUCUGCCGGAUGUGCACGGGCGACGGUAAACUGGAAGAAAUCGUGUUCACGGCCGCUAAACACGGAAAGUUGGCGUACAGGUGCGCGAGGUACAGCAACUGGGGGGACAGAUUGCCGCUGCAGAUUCGACAGGGAACGGAAGAUCCCGAGUGAAGCUCGCCGCGGUUAUUUUAAAACGGACCGCACGACCGAAUCGCAUUUGUAAAUAUUAUAUGUAUAGGUAAACAGGCUCGCCCAUGUGCGAGUCGACGAUCGGACGAAUAAAAUAUUUGUAUGAAAAA